AGGUCACAUGACAAAAACAGAUCAAUGAAUAUUGAAAUCUACAACAAACUGCACUGUAGGAAAUCACUGGUUCUCUUUCAGGAACUUGAGCCCAUGCCCAUGCGAUUGCUCCGCUCCCGGCAAGCACUCCUCAAGAAGGGUUCCCCCACUCCUCACAGUUCUGGUCCCGCUCUCGCUGAGGCAGAGCGGCGUUCUUGUUCCUGGGGUUCGCUGGAACCUAGCAGAAGGUUUGGAGACGGGCCAUUUCUCCUACCUCCUCUGCCCAGUCCAGCUCUCGUUGACAGGCUUCAGAAGCAGGCUUCAAAAGCCAUGAGAGCAAGCAGCUCCGCUUCUCUUUCUCCGUCGAGGAGGGACAGGCUCUUGCAAACCCAACAGUGAGGAGCUCCUGGAGGUUGUGACAUGUGCCAUCCAGAAGCUGGAUAUAAUUUGGCCGGCCGAUAAGUAUAAAGCCCCUCCAUCCAGUAAGCUCGACGUGCGCUUUUUGCUCCUGGUGUCACAGCCUCUGCGAUAGGGCCUGCCAUUUUCCCCUGGGCGCAGCCUUUCUCGACCCGCCCCUUCUGCCACAAGGCCGCAGUGUAUUCCAACGUCCUGGGUCUUAGGGAUUAUGGCUAUGGUGUCAUGCCAUGGUUUAAAGAGACUCUAACAGGCUAUCUCUCCCCAGGUGUGGCAUCUUCUCUUAGUCCCCUGACACUACCCAUCAAGCCCUUGCCUACUAAAUUGGCGCUGGUGGGGAGGGCUUACACCUCAGCAGGUCAGGCCGCUGGAUAUCUGCACACCAUGUAUGUGGUACAGGCACACCAAGCCGACCUGCUGCGGGAUCUGGAUGUGGGAUGUGGAUGGCCGGAUACAAGAGCCACUAAAGAGACGUCUAAGGCAUUUGGCUGGUCUAUGGCUGCACUAACUACCACAGAGAGACAUCUGUGGCUCACCCAAAUCGAAAUCCCUGACAGGGACAAGGCCGUGCUGCUGGUUGCCCCACUCUUGCCCUCAGGCCUUUUCAGCCACACCAUAAGUUCAGUAGUUGAAAGGUUUCAGGAAGCCAAAAAGCAAUCACCGCCAUUCCAGCAGUACCUCCCAUGCUGCCCUCAAUGGGGCGGCUUGGUAGGAGCAGCCCCAACCUCAACCCAGCACUUCCUAAUGGCAAGUGCAGAGACAAAGUGUCACAACGCGCUCUUCUGCUUGUGUGUAAUCCGCGCUGCGCCUUGGGCCAAAGCCCUGUGCAGUGACAGAUCUGAGGACUGUCAUCUCCGAAGAGGGGCUUUGGCUAAAAGGUCCUCACUGGACCUGUGGAGAGGGUGACCAGAGGGCGUUUAGCCUUUUCUCUGUGCCUGUUUCCCUCCGGCCCUUUCAGGGACCUGGCCUGUUAACCCUGCCACGAAAAGUGCUUCCAGGCAUGGUCAGCUCUAUCGAGCUCCCUCCUUGGUUACCGCCCGGCAUCGUUGAGGACCAGGAGGCUUUGCCUUUAGAGCCGCAUCAGGGCACUGUCCUGGCUCUAGACACACUGGAGGUUAGAGCCCCACUUUUGUGGUUUGUGAGCAGGCCUUGGUCUUGGAACAAGAAGGAGACACUCUCCUGAAGAAGAAGGUCAUCCAGGUGGUCCCUCUGUCAGACAGAAUGCCCAGGUUCUACAGCCAGUACUUAAUAGUUCCCAAAAAGGACGGUGGGUUGCGUCCUAUCCUAGAUCUUCGUUCCGAUCUGAGGACUGGUUUGUCACGGUAGAUCUAAAGGAUGCAUACUUUCAUGUACCCACACUCCCUUCUUACAGGAAGGUCCUGAGGUUUGCUUUUGGGGUCAAAUUGUAUCAAUAUCAGGUCCUCCCGAUCGCCCUUGCCUUAUCACACCACAACUUCACGAAAUGUGUCGAUGCAGCUCUGGCCCCCCCUGGGAUUUCAGGGCAUCCGUAUCCUCAACUAUAUCGAUGAUCGGUUGAUAUUAGCUCGAUCAGAGCAGUUAGCAGUCCGGCAUCGAGAUGUCAUUCUCACUCUCAUGAAGGAACUGGGGUUUCGGCUGAAUGCCGGGAAGAGUGUGCUUUCUCAUCACAGAGAACCACCUAUCUCUGCGGCAUAUGGGAUUCGACGACUAUGUGUGCGCAGUUUUCCUCUGCCCGCUUUGUUUCGAUCCUUACGCGGUCAGGAAUGUCAGAGAAGGGCAGUCACUCACUGUCAGGCAGUUUCAGUGUGCUUUCAGUGUGCUUUAGCUCUAUCUUGAAUCUACUCUCUUCUGGUAAGGAUCACUGCCUUCUCCAGAUUCAGACUGACACCAGUAAACUCCAGUGUGUGAUGGAGAGAGGGAGCUGAUGUCACAUGUAGAUCCUGAAACUGAUGAACAAUCAAGCGAUGUCUCACUGUGUGUG